AUGACCGAUCCCGAGCCUAUUCACUUCUUCGACCUGUUCUCCGAUCUCCCAGGUCAGCAGUCUUACCAUGAUCAACACCAUUCCCCGAUCGAACUCAUAAAGCUGACGCGCUAUAUCUUAGGACCCUCCAAAUCAUGGUCACACAACACAUUGAAGACCAGGGCCGUUUUGAACUUCAAAGGCAUACCCUACACCCAGAGCUGGAUCUCAUACCCAGACAUCAAGCCCCUCGCCAUCAGCUUGGGCCUGUCACCUAACGAACAAGGCAGACCUUUCACACUGCCGGCAAUAAUUCACAAGUCCUCGGUAGAUUCGAACCCAAGUGGGGCCAUGAUGGAUUCGCUACAGAUUGCGAUUCAUCUCGAUCAAUUAUAUCCGUCUCCGCCACUAUUCCCAUCCGGUCACGCCAGCUACGCAUUGUUUAUUGCUGUAGGCAAGAUCAUGAGCCUCCUGGAGCCUGGGUUUCGGCCAUUCGUCAUACCGAGAGUUGCAGAGCAUCUUGAUGCUCGGGGGCAGAAAUACUUUCACGAGACGCGUUCUGCUGCUCUCGGAAAGCCGCUCUCGGAGGUUCGACCAACAGACAUAGAUACUAUUGACAAGUUGUGGAGCUUGGUGGAGACUGAAUCAGUCGCGUUAAUUUUUAUGCUGAAGGGCUUGGAGGGAAAGAAGGGUCCAUUUUUCGAGGGAAGUAAGCCCGGAUACGCGGAUCUAUUUUUGGCUUGUCAAUUGGCAUUCAUUGAACGUUUUGAUAAAGACUUGUUUGGAAAGUUCUUGGAUCUUGGCGAUGGUGAAAUUGCGGCUCUAUACGAUGCUUGUGUGCCCUGGCUAGAUGGUCAAGGCGAGGAUAUGGAAUGGCUGAUUCCUCCAGGUUCUUCAUCCUGA